AGGCGUCUUGCUCCAGGGUGUCAGCGGCAGUAGAGAGACGCCGGUCCCUCACAGAAGGUCGUUCCUUCCCAUCGGACUUUACCGCUUCUCGCAACUCGUCGGGCCGAUGGACAGCAGGAUCACGCCGCUCGGCUCGCCGGGCCACAGCGCCAAUCCCCUCGGAGGCCUCCACGUGCCUCCUUCCCUCCUGCGCCCCCCGCCCCUCUUCUUCCGCGGCUGCAAUCCCGUCCUGGAGAGGGGAUACCCGCGCACCCCGAAGUGCGCCAGAUGCAGGAACCACGGCGUGGUGUCCGCGCUCAAGGGCCACAAGCGCUUCUGUCGCUGGAGGGACUGCGUGUGCGCAAAGUGCACCCUGAUAGCGGAGCGGCAGCGGGUGAUGGCCGCGCAGGUGGCGCUGAGGAGGCAGCAGGCGCAGGAGGAGAGCGAGGCCCGGGAGCUUCGGUUCAUGUACCCGGGCUCCGGGUCCGCCGGGGACACUGGGAUCCCCGCGGCGUCACCCGUAGGCCCCCCGGGGCCCGCGGGCCAAAGCAGUAACCCGGCGGCUGCCAGCUGUGAUGUUUUUGGAGCGGAGAGCCAGAAAGAAGAGGACAAACUCAGCAAGUACAGCUUUUAUAACGGAUUUAUGGGCCGACCCCUCUUUGCACCCCACACCGCGCGGCUGCCCUCUCCAAUGGACAAGAAAGAUCUGUCUCCAAACAAGGACAUCGCCACUUCAUUCAGUGGUGACCGCGCAAGUCCAUCCCCGGUGUUCGACCAGCACUCAGACCAAGUAGAGAGUCCGGAGAGGUCGCUCUCCUCGUCGGAUCCGGAGUCGGGCACCGAGUCGGACAAACCCAAGGACUGCCGAAGCCCCAACCGGGACCCCACCGAUAUAAUGGCCAAGAUCUUCCCCCACCAGAAACGGGACACUCUGGAGUCUAUGGUGAGAACGUGCAAAGGUGACAUCGUCAGAUCCAUUGAGCUGGUGCUGAGCUCCAAAGAGAACCAGAUGGACUCUGAUGGCUUGUCUCCGUCUAACCACCCGAGCGCACUCUGGCAUUCUGUUGGAAUGCCUGGAGCGCUUGGUGGUCUGGGGAACAAGUCGGCCUUCUCGCCGCUCCGCAUGCCGCCGCCGGCCGCCGGGGGAGGCGGUCUGUACGGCCUCAGCCCCCGCCUCGGUGUCAGCCCUCUACGGCUGGCGUAUUCCUCUGCAAACGGUGGUAUGGCCGGCUUUAUGUCACCGUACAUGACAUCCGGACUGAUGCCAGUGUUUCCACUGCGUCCACCCUUGGACUCCUAUUCAUUCCCGGGCAUGAUGAGAGACCUGUCGUACCUUCAGAGCAAGGAGUCCCUGUGCAGUAGUGCAGGUCUUUACUCAAGACUUAACAGUGAGAAAUGACGAAUAAGAAUUUUUUGAAAGAAGUCAUUCAUUUGGUAUAGUCAAACAAGUGUACGCUAUCUGUAAAUGUUGUAAAGUGUGUCUAUUGUUAAUAA